AUGCUGCGCCAGCCAAGCCGCAAGCGCGGACCGUCCGGACUGUCUCCGAACCAUUCUAGAGGUCCCAGAACGCGGAUACAUCGCUAUACCAGCAGAAACCUGCCGUCGUCGGAUGAGGACGACGAGAGCAUCGGAAGCCUGGAUGACGUGCAAAAUGUACAACCACUCUCUCAAACUCGAUACUGGUGGCAAGACCUGGAUCUCCGCCCCUCGGAGAAGGCGCCUGCAAGCCUGCAAAGCGAAUCGUCAACAGAUGAGGAAUCCGAUACGAGCAGUGCACAUGCCGCCGCAGAUCAGCAGGCAAAUGCGAUGAUAUCUGAUAUCAUUGAGUUUCAUGAUAUAGAGCCACGUACGGAAGAGUAUGGCGGCAGUGGAGCCGAUGAUCCUUGGGCAGACGAGGACAUGAGAAUUGACGAUAGACCUGACCUGAACGACGUCGCUCAGCCGGAAGAGCCGCCCACCAUACCCUCGAAAACGUCUCCUUUAGCGCCGCCUUGCUCAAAAUCGGGCGCCGCAUCCUCUGGCAGCAUCGCUGGCAGCGAGCGCGCUGCUGUUCGGUCGUCAGGUCGAAGCUUAGCAGAGAUUGUUGCCUCAAGCGACGAAUCGUCAGACUCGUCUGGACUGGAGACCGACGAUGAGACUGAUCUCGCACGGCGGGAAAGGUUCGCGGAGCUGAAGCAAGCCGGUAAUAUCGUACGAAUGACACCCUCUUUGUGGGCUUUCCGUCGGCCAACAAAGCCCAACGUAUGGGAUCAUCUCUGGGGCCGACUGGACUGUGGCAGCCACGUCUGGAGCUGCGACUGCGCGCUGUACUCCAAGAUAAGCACUUGCCCGAGCGUCCGUCUGGCCCAAGCGUCAGCGACUCAAGAUCGUCUUCUAGCCAUGCGACCGAUCGACGAUAAGUGCGAAGCGCAAGGCCGUAUACCUCACGCGAUCUUGCUUGCUGCGCGCCAUGGCAUGGGCGGCAAAAAGAUCUAUUGG